AUGACGAGGCCGUCAAUUAUUCGUGCCGACACCCUCGACCUUCAGGAUCACGUUGCACCGUCGGCAAAGGACCACCACUCCAACCACUCUCACCUCUCCGAUACGCUGCCUGGCGCUCCGGGCCUGUCAAUUGCUCCUCACCAGGCCGAGACACUUCGUGACGUCGCUCUAGAGACUGCCGCAGCCGAGGCACAUAGCCCGAGGGUGUCUUGGGCCAACGGAAAAGCCGACGACGAUACCAGUGACUUGCUUCAACAGUACGCUGACGACCAUCCAGCUGCAGCCAAGCACGACGUCGCCGAAGGUAGCCUGGAUAUCGAAAUGUAUCACCACGAACAGCAAGACGCCUUAGCCAUUGCGCAAAAUGGCGGCGUCUCAUCGGCAGAUGAAGAUGACCUUGACGCCGACGCCGACGAUUUAGAUGAUGAUAUGGUGGACAAGAUUUCCAGUUCUCCCUCUAUAGAAGACGGUGCGUUGAACCCUGUUGAAAUGCCAGCGGCUUGGCCGCGGCGUGAGUCCUCGCUCACGUCACUUACCCGACAAUUGGAUAUUGCGAACAUGCCACUCGAAAUGGUUGAGCCAGUAACCGUAGGCUGCGUCAAUCCCGAGCAGGCUCUCCCCGUUCCUGAGACAAGUGUAUCACAAUGCAGCAAAUCCGAGUCUGUUGCUGAGUGGCAACAUCGUGAGGACGAAUGCUUACUUGAAACAGAGGAUAUCGACUUUGAGUUCGUUUAUGCUCUCCACACCUUCGUCGCUACCGUGGAAGGCCAAGCGAAUGCCACCAAGGGCGACACAAUGGUACUUUUGGAUGAUAGCAAUAGUUACUGGUGGCUGGUGCGAGUAGUCAAGGAUAGCAGCAUCGGUUAUCUUCCUGCUGAGCACAUAGAAACGCCCACUGAACGACUAGCACGGUUAAACAAACAUAGAAAUAUUGAUCUUUCUGCAACUAUGCUCGGUGACCAGGCACAAAGCAAAAAGAGCUCAUUCAAAUCCAUGCGAAGGAGACGGAAAACGGUGACAUUUGCAGAUCCCACCUAUGUUGAUUAUUCCGACUUCGAUUACUCCACAGAUGAUGAAGAUAUCGAAGAGUUGUUCGGCUCCCAGACGAAUACACAGCAUCAAAAAGAGCAACAACAAGAUAAGCAAAAUGGCGCGGAAGAUGCCAUUACGGAUGAGACUGCAAAGGUUGAACCUCUUAAAACUCGGCCAUCGAAUGAGGAAAAGGUUGCGACGGAGUCCGUCAAGGACGUACGGACAGAUGAUGACGAUACAAGGAGCAGCGAGGAAUCCAUUGACGAAAAGCCUGAAGGUCCCAGUCGGUCGAGGAACGGAACUGUCAGAAACACUGAUUCGUUCUUCAAAGAUGAGAGUGUGGAAACUAAGAAAAUUACUCUUACUCCGAAUCUCCUGCGCGACGACAAUACACCAAGACAAUCCAGUGACUCAACUACUAAGGAUGCUAGAUCAGGGUCAAGCUUGGACAAGAUGGACCGGGAACUAGUUUCCGACAAGGAAAAGAAGAAAAUGAAGGACAAGGAUAAGAAGGACAAGGAUAAGAAGCCUGGCGGUCUUCGGGGUUUCUUCUCAAGAAAAGAUAAAAAGAAAACUUCUGAAGAUGAUGAUGAGUCGUUCGGCAAGCGAUCCAUGGAUAUUAUGUCUGAAUCACGAGAUAGCGAAGACCGCUCUCUGGAGGAACCGUUAUCGCCAGACCGCGCAGCAUCUCAGAGACAACCCUCCAAGCUUCAAAAGUCUGCGCCUAGCAACAAGGCAGCAGGGGUUGUUCAGAAAUCGGUUGAACUUUCGUCAUAUCUUGCUGAAGGUAGAACAAACGAUGUCUCAAGCGUUCCACCAGCAUCUAUGCGGCUUGUCGACCCUGACACGAAUGAAGCGCAAGACGAGCCGGUAAACCAGACACAGACUCAAGACGCUUCUAGGGAGCGGUCAGCAUCAUCGGCUGGUCAGAAAGAGGAAAAGUCAGUCAUGUCUAAACUUGUGCCUUCCCGAAGCGCUGGUGACCCCAAACCGCAAAAGACAGUAAAGGCCAAGAUGCGCAUGGAACUUGAUACAUCUGACAGCUCCGAGCUUGAAGAAGCUCCCACGGUGCGACCAAAUGCGGCUUCUGGUGCACUUGCAGAACCGGAACAUCAAAAUCAGACCGACCAACCCACAAGAUCUCGUGUUGACAACUCUCAAACCCCUACGACGGCCGGAGCUGCUCGCGCCCAGCAAAGCCCCAUAGAUCAAACUCUCGAGAGAAAUGGGUCGUCUUCGCCUGCCAAUGCAUCCAAUCCACCUGCGCUCAUGGUCGAUACUUCGUCGCCGGAAGGCGAUUUGCCAGAAGCUUCGCCAUCGCCAGAGCCUGAAGAGACUGUUGAUGAUGUUGCUAGAGAAAGCAGCUCCGCCAGCAGUGGAAAGGAGGGGGCAUGGGAUGACACAAAGCUUCGGGCCUUCUUUGAUGAAAGCGACCACAUUCGGGACCUCCUGGCGGUUGUGUAUGAUAAAACAAAUGUUGAACCGGCAGGAAUUGACCAUCCUGUCGUCGGCGGACUCUUCCGAGAACAAAAUGCCAAACUGGCAGAAAUUACGACUCAACUUGACAAUAUGCUCGGAGAUUGGCUUGCCAGAAAGCAGCGUCUUCGCGGCACCAUUUAA